AUGGCUUCCGUGCGGAUCCGAGAGGCCGAGGAGGGAGACUGUGGACAUAUCCUGAGGCUGAUUCGGGAACUGGCCGAGUACGAGAAACUCUCGGAGCAGGUGCAGAUCAGCGAAGAAGCCCUGAGAGCAGAUGGCUUCGGAGGGAACCCUUUCUAUCACUGUUUGGUGGCAGAGCUUCUUCCCGCCCCCGGGAAGCCGCAGGGGCCCCGUGUGGUGGGGUAUGGGCUGUAUUACUUCAUCUACAGCACGUGGAAGGGGCGCAACGUUUAUCUGGAAGACAUCUACGUGACGCCGGAAUAUCGGGGUCAGGGGAUUGGCUCGAAAAUAAUAAAAAAAGUGGCUCAGGUGGCCCUGGAUGUGGGCUGUUCCCAGUUCCGCCUCGCCGUCCUGGACUGGAACCAGAGGGCCAUGGCCCUGUACAAGGCCCUGGGAGCCCAGGAUCUGACUGAAAGCGAGGGCUGGCAUGCCUUUCGCUUCGAAGGAGAGGCCAUGAGGAAGUUGGCGGGCAAGUGA